AUGGAAGACAAACGCUACUUGUUGAAACAGCCGCUUCAUGGUAUCUACAUCCCCAUUGGGCUCAUUCUUUUCGGUACUGCCAUGUUUGGCUUACAGUACUUGCCUUACAGCAUAGCGUUUAUUGUGGUGGUGUGUUCGUGGAACUUCUAUGAGGUGUGGAGCAAAAGGCGGUCUGUGGAGCCGGUCAGAUGGAACGAGUUGGCGUUGAUCGACAAGACGGUGAUUUCGAGAAACUCGGCCAUUUACAGGUUCAAGCUUAAUAAUGAAGAUGAGGUGCUUAAUGUUCCUACAGGCCACAAUGUCGCCUGUUGUUUCACUAUCGACGGUAAGGACGAGAUCAGGUACUAUACGCCGAUUUCCAACCGUUUCGAUACGGGUUUUUUUGACAUUCUUGUCAAGCUGUACCCACAAGGCAAGGUGCUGAGGAAGUUUGCGCUGCUUAAGGAAGGUCAGACUGUUUUGUUUAGAGGUCCUGUCGGGAGAUUGGAGUACAAGACCAACAUGGCUAAAGAAAUCGGCUUGGUGGCUGGCGGCUCGGGGAUUACUCCUAUUUUGCAAGUUAUCACGCAGGUGAUCACCACUCCGGAGGAUUUCACGAAGCUUUCGCUCAUUUACGCCAACGAGACCGCCAACGACAUUUUGUUGAAGGCUGAGUUGGACGAAAUCGCCAGCAAGUACCCUAACUUCAAGGUCCACUACACGUUAACCACUCCUCCAGCCGAGUGGGACGGAUCCCAGGGCUACGUGACGAAGGAGAUGUUGCAGCAGCACAUGCCAGAGGCGCUGGCUGAAAACAAGCUUUUUGUAUGUGGCCCUCCAGAGAUGAAGCGCAGCGUGAUGGAAAUCUCGGAAGGUUUGGGCUGGGACAAGACCACCAUGAAGUCUGCCCCAACAGACCAGGUGUUCUGUUUCUGA